GACUGUAUAGUUAAGCAUUGAAGUUGAGUGUUAUGGAUUUCGCACUUACUGGCACUUAUUAGUACCUUAGGUACAUAUGAGUAGCCUCUAUAUUUCUAUCUCUUUACUCAACUCGGCUUCUACGUUUCCCGCUACUUCGGAAUCCCAUAUUAAUCAGCAAUGCAUGAAGUACUAUCCCUAAUUAGACGCCGAUUCACGAAGGCUACUAAUGGCGUAAAGCCAACACCGAGAGAUGGAUUCCAAGUCUUCCAUUUUUUUCCUCAACUCCCCACCGAACUCCGGCUAAUGAUAUGGGAAUAUAACUUACUGCCACGUUGUAUAGAAAUUAAAGCUACGCAGCUCGUUAAACCCCAGCUGAAACUAAGUAAACAAGAAUGCCACUAUACGUACGUGUGUAGAGUCCCUGCAAAUCUGCACGUGUGUAGAGAAUCGCGACAAGAGGCACUGAAGCAAUAUAGUCUACGUUUUGGUAUUGGAGGCCUUGUUGAUCCCAUAAGCGAUGUGCUCUAUUUUGGACCAAGCAUGGUAUUAGGAUGCCCGAAAGACUGGUUCAGUAUUUUCAUGUCUCAACUUCACCCGGAAGAUAUGGCUCGUAUCCGCCAUAUCGCUAUCAGCAAUUCGAUGCUCACGUGGCACUUCUCGUAUUAUGCGCCAAGCUUCCAAUUGGCGCUUCAGGAACUGUUUUAUAUUAUCAAUCUUCAUUUGGUAAACCUGGAACAACUCACCAUCGUCUGCCACGGCAUCCACUAUGACCACGUAUAUGCCGGAUGUCGUCUCUACGGAUCUACCCAUAUCAAAGUGGUUGUGAAAGCGGAAUUGCCCCUGGAAGCACCUCCGGAUAGUCCUUUCCCACCGGGGAUCGAAAAGGUGAUAUCUGACCAAACAUAUGAUGAUAUCUCGGCGUGCACGAGUCCCUGCCAGGAACACAACUAACAACUGACGAUAAUAUGGCCAAAAAAUGUUGAUGCAUAAGUACCAUUAUUCAAGACUAUUACAACAACAACAAUAAUAAUUUAGACCUAGAUGCAAAUUGGAUCAUCUAUUCCAAUAGCUAGAAAGAGUAACAAUUAAAUGCUAAUUUAUUUUUCUCGGAAAGCGAGAAUAUUUUAACCUUGAUGGAAUUGACCCUGUUUCAACGAGGUCUUGAAAAUGAAUGGCGUGGAAAUAACGUUUACGCGCUUGUAACUCGAUAGAAUGUUAGAACUAGUUAGUAGAAUUAAGUAUGUUUAUACCCUUGAAUUAUA